AUGGAGAACGCGUUGCCGACGCUAAGCCAACUCGUAAGAAACCCCCGCAAGCGGACGCGCAAGAAGCCGAAGACACCGGCGUUGCGCGCGAUUCGUAACUCGUUCACGGGUCGCACUCGUGAACUUCAAAAGGGUUCGCCUCAGAAGGCAGGAGUUUGCUUACAAGUUCGGACCGUCACGCCGAAGAAACCGAAUUCGGCUCUUCGCAAGGUGGCACGGGUACGACUCUCCAACAACGUCGAAGUGACGGCUUACAUUCCGGGCGAAGGCCACAACCUGCAAGAGCACUCAGUGGUUCUGAUCAGGGGAGGAAGAGUCCGUGACUUGCCGGGUGUCCGCUACCACGUUAUCCGUGGAACCAAGGACACUGAAGGUGUGGAAGGCCGACGCCAGGGCCGCAGCAAAUAUGGGACUCCGCGAGGAGUUUGA